AUGGGAGUGUGUCAUGAGGGCAGGGAACUGAUUCUCAAGCAGCUCUCAGCAGCUUCUGGUGAGCUCUUACCUGGCGCUCAGGUGUUUCAGUUGGGAGACUUGGGAGGUUACAGCCACCGGCCAGGCUCUAAUAACUGCUUCAAUGUCGCCAAGGAAUUUUUGGAUUCUUUCAAGUUGCCCGUCAACAUCGUGCUCGGAAACCAUGAUCUUGAGGGCUUCGAUGACUUCCAAACAGAUGCGGAGAAUCUAGAGGGAUGGAGGCAGCGUUUUGGAGAACACUACUGGAUGCGAGAGAUUGGCAACGGCGCGGCGAUUGCAAUCGGCAUGUCCACGGUGCGCUUUCGCGACGCCGAGCAUAGCUCGCACGAGGUGUAUCUAGACCAGGAGCAGGUCAACUGGUUCCGGGAAACGCUCGCGCAGCACGCCGACAAGCCGGUGUUCGUCUUCACGCACGCGCCCCCGAUGGGGUCCAACCUCACGAGCUUGCAGGAGGUGCAUGUGCGCAACCGCUGCGCGUGGCUGAACCACAGCGAGCGGCCCGAGGCGUUCAUCGACAUUGUGCGGCAGAGCCCACAGAUCAAGCUGUGGUUCUCGGGGCACUACCACCUGAGCCACGACUACGACCGCUCCAUGAACGUGGUCAACAACUGCCUCUUCGUGCAAGUCGGCGUCAUGGCCCAGUGCGACCGGGACGGCCGCCGGCAGUCGCGCAUUGUGCGAGGGGGGGAGAAGGGCUUCAAGAUCUACACGCUGGACCACGUCACCGGGCAGCUGCGGCUCGACCUCGUACACUCGUACGACUCCCGCAUCCAGGAACUCCCCGAAAAGGUCCGGAGAUAUCUACCGGGCACUCUUACGGACGCCCCGACCGGACCGGUGUGGCUCGCGGGCAGCCCGGGCCUGCCCGGGGUGCACUCCUGCAGAAAGGGCGGGGCGUUUUCGCCCAUGAUCGGGGAAGAGAAGGCGGGGAGCUCGGCGAACGAGAAGGUGACCUGGAUCUCUCAAGGCAGCGCGCUAUUCUGCGUGAACGCAAACCAGCUUGUUCAGUACGAUCCGAUUGCGGUCGCUCCAGUGGGCGUUGUGUGCGACCGGAUCGACGGCCGCAAAAUUCGCCUCCUCACAUCCGACGGCAGCGAGGCGUCCACGUCGGACCAAGAGGUUGAAUUCAUUGAGCUGGUCGGUCCAGGCAGAGUGGGUUCCGCUCCAGUCAAUGCGAUCAACGGAAAAGGAAGUUUUGCGGGCGAGGUCGAGCGGAUUGAGCGAAAUGAAGAGGGUGGGUUCUGGUACGUUUACCAGUACAACAAAUACAAGCUGCUGAAGCAACGGCAGGCGGCACAGGAAGCGCAGAAGUCGGUUGCGGGCAACGGGGCGCAGCCGAAAGUGGUCUCCACACUGCCCUAUUCUUGGCAACAUUAACAACAACAUGCAACAUUCCGCAUGACUGAGUUGGGGGUGCACGCGGCCUCACUUGUAAUAAGCCGUCGGCUUUCAAGCCGGGACUUUGUAAUAUCAGUUCGUCAGCAGGAUCUGCGGACCAUUAGACGGAUGUCCACAAGAUAGAAACGAACGCGAAGCCAACAACGUGGACGUUAUAACAGGUAGCUCGCGCUGGUUUUAACGCACAAAUCUACUAAAAGGUCACAUUGAGCCUUAAAGUUAGUCGUCAAGCACACUACCAGCGAGUAGCUGAUCGACUCGUUCAUUGCGACUUGGCAAUUACCAUUGAGUAUGAUGACUCAGGCU